CUAAGACUUAAUUUGCCACAUUUAUAGAUCUCGGCAGCAUUUAUUAGACCUGUUCAAACCCUCAACCCGGCCAAAUUCCCAUCCUCCAACUCUUACGCAAAUCCAUUCCACUUGUUAAAGUCCAGAUCCAAACAAGAUGCGCACGCGACGAACCAACACGCAACCAGUGGAAGACACCUCCUCGGUCGCCCCCGAAACCUUCAGCGACGGCCUCCCUCUCCCCAAACUGAUCGCCUUCGACCUGGACUACACCCUGUGGCCCUUCUGGGUCGACACGCACGUCAGCGCCCCGAUUAAACCCCGCGACAACAACUCGCGCUGCACAGACAAAUGGAACGAAUCCUUCACCUUCUAUCCGGCCGUCCCCUCCAUCAUCCACAGCUGCAAGACCAAGAACAUCCCGCUGGCCGUGGCCUCGCGCACCCACGCCCCGGACCUGGCGCGCGACAUGCUGAAGGCGCUGCACAUCAUCCCCACCUUCAGCGACAACCCCGCCGCGCACCGCACCAAGACCGUGCGCGCCCUCGACUACUUCGACCACCUCCAGAUCUUCCCGGCCACCAAGACGCAGCACUUCGCUAAGAUCCAGCAGGCGAGCGGGGUCGCGUACGAGGAGAUGCUGUUUUUCGACGAUGAGGCGCGGAACCGGAAUGUGGAGACGGAGUUGGGCGUUACGUUUUGUCUGGUGCGCGAUGGGGUGACGAAGGCGGAGGUGGAUCGGGGGGUGUGGGCGUGGCGGAGGAGGAAUGGGAUUAAGAAGGAGGUGGUUGGGGAGGGCGAGGGGGAGGGGGAGGGGGAGGAUGAGUAG